GUGAACGGGAAGACGACGCCAUGUUGAGCGAUAACGGAAGUGAAUAGUUCUGCUGUUAAAAACAUACUUUGAAUUUUUAUCAAAAGAAUCUCUGAAGGGGAGGUGGACACUUGAAAAGUAAAGAGUAACCCACAACGCAUUUGAGCAGGACUAGUCUUAUAUUCAACGCGCGAGAUAGCGCACAUCCUUUUUUGGGACUCUUUGUAGUUCAACUUUGUACUGACAGCGUAAAAUCACUUCACGGAGUGGUUGUAAGUUACAGUUCUGGACUUGAAGAUGCCCCUGGCACAGUUUGCAGAUCCUUGGAGGAAGUUGCCCAUGGGGCAUGUGGAAAACGAGGAUGACUCCUUGGUAGAUGAUGAUGCUCCUGUUCAAGAUGAGGGCGUAGUCAAGGAAAUCAGUAUCACUCACCAUGUCAAGGAGGGAUCGGAGAAAGCUGACUCACGACAGUUUGAGCUCUGCAAGGUGCUGGGACAGGGCUCUUUCGGAAAGGUGUUCCUAGUCAAGAAGAUAACUGGCCCAGAUGCAGGACAGCUCUAUGCCAUGAAAGUGCUAAAGAAAGCAACAUUGAAAGUGCGAGAUCGAAUGCGUACAAAGAUGGAGAGAGACAUCCUAGUUGAGGUCAACCACCCAUUCAUUGUUAAACUGCACUAUGCAUUUCAGACAGAGGGUAAACUGUACCUGAUUCUGGACUUCCUCAGAGGAGGAGAUCUCUUCACUCGCCUGUCCAAAGAGGUGAUGUUUACAGAAGAAGAUGUGAAGUUCUAUCUUGCAGAGCUGGCUUUAGCUUUGGACCAUUUACAUGGACUGGGAAUCAUCUACAGAGACCUCAAACCAGAAAAUAUUCUCUUGGAUGUAGAGGGACACAUUAAACUUACAGACUUUGGGUUGAGUAAAGAGUCCAUUGAUCAUGAGAACAAGGCAUACUCGUUCUGUGGUACAGUGGAAUACAUGCCUCCAGAGGUUGUCAAUCGCAGAGGUCAUACCCACAGUGCUGAUUGGUGGUCCUACGGCGUGCUAAUGUUUGAAAUGCUGACUGGAACACUUCCAUUUCAAGGGAAAGACCGCAAGGAGACCAUGACAAUGAUCUUAAAGGCUAAACUGGGCAUGCCUCAGUUUCUCAGCUCCGAGGCCCAAUCCCUGCUCCGCAAUCUGUUCAAGCGCAACCCUGGCAACCGCUUAGGAGCGGGGCCUGAUGGAGUUGAAGAGAUUAAGAGGCAUUCAUUCUUUUCUACCAUUGACUGGAAUAAAUUAUUCAGGAGGGAACUUCAUCCUCCCUUUAAGCCAGCCAUCGGGAGGGCAGACGACACCGUCUACUUUGACUCUGAGUUCACUGCCAAAACCCCACGAGAUUCUCCAGGUAUCCCUCCAAGUGCCAAUGCUCAUCAACUCUUCAGAGGAUUUAGCUUUGUUGCCACGGGAGCAGAAGAAGAGGGCCAGCCGCCCAUUCAGAGCAACAUCAACAUGAGCAGCAUACUGCAGCAACCCCACCGGAGUACACUUCAGUUCACGGAUGUGUAUGAUGUUAAAGAAGACAUUGGUGUGGGCUCCUACUCCAUCUGCAAACGAUGUGUGCACAAGAGCACAGGCAUGGAUUAUGCUGUCAAGAUUAUAAAUAAGGAGAAGAGGGAUCCAGCAGAGGAGGUUGAGAUUCUACUACGAUAUGGGCAACAUCCCAGCAUCAUCACUCUGAAGGACGUGUAUGAUGAUGGGAAAUCGGUUUAUCUGGUCACAGAGCUUAUGAAAGGUGGGGAACUACUGGAUAAAAUCCUCAGACAAAAGUUCUUCUCAGAGAGAGAGGCCAGUGCUGUCCUACACACCAUUACAAAGACUGUUGAAUACCUACAUGCCCAAGGGGUAGUACACAGAGACUUAAAGCCCAGUAAUAUUCUUUAUGUGGAUGAGUCGGGAAACCCAGAGUCCAUCAGGAUUUGUGAUUUUGGCUUUGCAAAACAGCUCAGAGCAGAAAAUGGACUUCUAAUGACACCGUGCUACACUGCCAACUUUGUUGCUCCAGAGGUUCUGAAGAAACAAGGGUAUGAUGCAGCGUGUGAUAUCUGGAGUCUGGGAGUUCUCCUUUAUACCAUGCUUGCAGGGUUUACUCCAUUUGCUAAUGGCCCAGAAGAUACAGCAGAGGAGAUUCUGGCUCGGAUUGGCAGUGGGAAAUUCUCCCUGACUGGUGGAUACUGGAAUUCUGUAUCACUUCAGGCCAAGGACCUGGUAUCAAAGAUGCUUCACGUUGACCCUCAUCGGAGAUUGACUGCUGCUCAGGUUCUUCGUCACCCAUGGAUUAUUAACAAGGACCAGCUGCCCAAAUACCAACUCAACCGCCAGGAUGCUCCUCAUCUAGUGAAGGGUGCAAUGGCAGCCACUUAUUCAGCUCUAAACAGAAAUGUUCCUCCUGUACUGGAUCCAGUUGGUUGCUCCACACUAGCUCAGCGCCGUGGUGUCAAAAAGCUGACCUCAACCGCCCUCUGACCUCUCAAGUCUAACCCCAGACUACAAAAGGCACAUUAGUGUGUGAGUCGUGCAGUGGAAUGACAAUACAAUCAAAAAACAGCACACAUUUGUUUAGCUCUUGUCAUUUCGUAUUGCUGCAACAUGUAGAAUAUUAUACAAAUCUCUUAAGAGAAUAUUAAAUCUAUGUAAAAUUGUUUUAUCAAAGUGCUAUAUAAAUUUACAUAAUAUGGAAAUAUGUAUGAAUAUGAAUAUAAAAGUAUUUCUGUGAGUCUGUGUUGGGAAAUAAUACUGUAUGAUGUUGAGAGCCUGGGAUGCACAGUUUGUUUUCUGUAUUGUGUUGAUGCUAUGUCUAGAGACUGCAUGGACCAUACUAUUCAUGGCUGAUCAUAGCUGUGCCUACUCUCUUCAUUACAGACCUCACAUGCUGAAACGGUUUACUAGAAUGCCUCUCCUUUUAUAACAAAAGAGCUAUCUAUCAGUAAUACCACUAUAUGCAACUUCAAGUGGUGUCUUAACAUACUGCCAUGUUGAAACCAUUUGUGUAAAAUCAAAGAAAACCAAGCAAUUUCACUUACAAUCCCCAACUAUGUGGCUAGACAUGUCGAGUGAAUGAUAAAACCAGUAUUUCAUGUUAAUAUAGUGUUGUAAUAAUAAGGCAAAGUUGUCUGAACAACACCCUUUGCCAUGCACAUUGUUUGAGUAUAUGUCUUAAGGAAUAUUCCGGGUUCAAUACAAUUUAAGCUCAAUUGAUAGCAUUUGUGGCAUAAUGUUGAUUAGCAAAACAUUUUUUUUGACUUGCCCAUGUUUUUCUUAAAAAUAUAUAUUUUCUUUAAGUUACAGUGAGGCACUUAAAAUGGAAGUGAAUAGGGCCCAUUUUUAGAGGGUUUAAAUGCAGAAAUAUGAAGCUUAUGAUUUUAUUAAAGUACUUCCAUUAAUUCUUCUAAUAAAGCAUAUUAUUUGAGCUGUAAAGUUGUAUAAAUCUGAAAAAAGUUUGUUGACUACAUCAUCAUGGCAACAAAGUUGAAAAAUUGGCUAUAACUUUACACCGAAACAUUUAUUAAGCGAUUUUAUUACAAUAAAACCAUGCUAACAUGCAUAUUGUUUACACCUUGCUGCUACACUUUUAACGUUUACGGAUUGACCCGUAUCCACUUCCAUUUGUAAGUGCCUCACUGUAAAUUUAGAUGAUUUCUUUAUUGUUUUUAAGAAAAAAGUCAAAAUUAUUUUUUGUGCUACUCAACAUUUUGCCACAAAUGCUAUCGAUUGAGCUUAACUUGUAUUGAACCCGGAAUUCCUUUUAAAGGGCAUUAGAUUUACCAAAAAAGAAAAAUAAUUCCAUAACGUGACCUCAUUCCCUGAAUUUUCUUCCUCUCCAGCAGACCAAAUUUUAGAGAAAACUAAAAAGCUGUUCCUGUGAAUAAAUAUGAGACCAUUUGUAUGCUGUAAAUGGUAAAGAGAUGCGGGAGCUAGCAGUUUGUACCAGGACUGACCAGUAAACUGCUGACUCACUGCAAAUAAUUUGUAACACUCCAUUUUUUUCUCUCUUUACAUUUAUUCUCUCUGUGAAAUUAAAGGGAAAUGUGUUGGUUGUAUUAA